CGCUGCUGCCAGAUAAACUUCAGCGUUUCCAGAAGAGCAAGAGAGGGACGGCAGAACCGGUGCGGGGUUGAACUGUUCAGUGGUGAAUUAACCAGCGGACAAUUGUGAGACAUCUGUGAUAUUCUCUUCGAAGUCUUUGCGGUGGAAAUAAUCGCUUCUGUUGUGGAUUUUACACUCCCGAGAUUAUGAACUAAAAGUGUUAUGCGCUGAUCAUUUAAUUCACGGACUUUUAACCGGUGGAAAUCUCUGCGAUUCAAAGGCAUCAGUUGGAGCACUGGGAUUUCAUCUGUGGCUCAGAUAUGGAACUUUAACUUCAUCUCUCCUGGAGUGAAUUUGCCUGAUUUUAGCUUUGCGCUUCUCCAGAAAUGGUGGGGCACUUACAUUUACAAGCUAUGGAUGAGAGUUUGAAAGGAAAGAACAGGGAGGGACUGCUCGAUAGUCCGGAUUCAGGACUCCCUCCAAGUCCCAGCCCACCCUUCUACUCUUUGUCACCGGGGAUCCUUGAGUCUCGUUCCGGCAGCUGUUCAACACCAACUGAGCUGCAGGGAUACAGCAGAAAGGAGAGCCGGGAGGGCAAACUGCUGCCAUACUUGCUCCUGAACUCUCAAGGUCCAGAUGCUAAGUCACGGAUGUACCCUGUGGUCUACGGAGAGAGCAUUGAGGUCAACCCAAAACCUGAAAAAGAGAUCAAGUUCAACUCAGCAGUGAAGUAUGCUUCAGACAAACAUUUCCGCGACCAAGUAUACUGCGUCCAGGUCCCGACCGUCACGUCCUUUAGCGAGACAGUGGUGGCGGUGCAAAACCACACGUGGCGCAGCUACAAGUCAGAGGUUCACUUCGAGCCACGGCUCAGGCCUAUACACUUCCAAAGCACAACCAUAGUGUUUCCCAAGCAUGCCCGUAAUACGUACCGCACCACACUUAACUACAAUUGUAACAGAAAUGCAGCCGGGCGACGAUGGUUUGUGUCCACAGUCAGACUAGAGUCCACCGAGGAUGCCAGUCCAUGUAUCAUUUACACAGAAGACCUCUGAGAGGGGUUUGAUAUCGUUCCCACAAUUGAAAAACUCCCUUUUUAGAGCUGCAUUGGAAGUGCUUGGACUCGAGCAACAGGGCUCUGUUACAACUACAACCCUGAUUAAAAAUGGAUGGAGACUGGAGACUUCAAAGAAAACUAAGUCAGUGAGGGCCAUUUUGUUCUUUUGCUUCCGGUGAAGUUGGUACUUAACAGUGGGAAUAAGUUGUGUCUGUGCAGUCUUCUUUACAUGUUGCAGUAUACGUUUAUUAUGUGUAAGUCAUGUAUUUUUGUACAUCAGAGAUUUUUUGAUUGUAAUAUCCAGUCAGGAGGGGAGUGAACCAUUUGGGCAGAAACAGUUUCUGAUAUUUCUAAAGCUUAUUCAUUGGCCCGCACGGAAUCACAGAAUUCAGCGGAUUUUCGCAGAAUUCAUACACAUGUUGAUUUAAAAGUUCGACACAUCCCCCUCACCUUGCGUGUUUAAAAUCUAAUCAGAAUCUCUAUUAUUUGCCAGCACAUUUAGGUAACCAAGGUCAAUUCUGGUACCUCACACAGUACCUUUUAAAGCCAAAAUCUAAAAAUGUUUGCCUAAUUUGAUACGGUUAUCAUCUACAAUUUAAACUGCAAUACUCAGCUUUAAGCGAUUUAACCAUUUCAAUCUGAAUUCUGAAUUCUACAGAUUUUCCCCCAGCGCAAAAAUAUGAAAAGGUUCCAUGCGGGCCUAAUUAUUUGUCUUACUCAGUAUUGCUGAUUCUUGCAAAUGCUCAAACAGGAAAUGGUACACCACAAGCCUGACUAUAAUUAAGACUAAAUGCUGCCAAAUUUUAUUGCCAUAUUUUAUUAUAAAGUCUGUGGAUGAGAGAUCCAGCACAUAGUAAAUUGGGAUUCAACCCUAAAUAUUCAGAGAAUUUGCUGAGAUCAUAUUUACUGUAUCUUAGUUGCACUUUUGUGUUAUAAAUGUCUUGAUAUGAAAAAAGGUAAAUAAACAAGUAGGAGCACUUGAAAGGUUGGACCAAAUAUUCUGUAAAAUGUAUAGAAAGGGAAAUACGACCUUAAAGAUUUCCUCCCUUUCUGUUUGUACCUCAGACAAUGUGGAAUAAUUCUUGCACAAGUAAAAAAAUACAAUUAUUUUUUUUUGGCCACCCAAGGUUUUGAGGUGAUGAUAAUAAUGAAAUGGCCAAAAGAUGACCUGAACUCACAAAGAUGGUUAGGGAAUGAAAGAAAAUGCAAGAACUUGUAUUUAAAUUAAUAACCAAUAGAUUGAUUGAGCAUGUAUUACAGUAGAUGGGAGAAUUGAGGGGGGAUUUGUGCUGGUUUUGUGAAUAAGAAUAGUUAACCUGGAGGGAACAAAGUUAAUUUAACUCAUGACAUUAUUAUCUUCUGAAGACUAUGUGCAUUAACCUGACAUGCGUUCUGGUUGUAUGACUGGAUAACCUCUGGUUUCGAGAAGUAAUGAGUAUUUUCUCUUGUUUUUGGAGCCAAAAAGUCUCAUCUAAAAUCUUGAUUAAGUGAACUGUUAACACCAGCUAAUGCAUUUCCUGUUGCACACAAACUCUUUUGUGUAGCUGAGAGGGAACGCAUCCUGUUCUGAGAUGACUUGCUUUAACUUCUGCUGUUCUUUUUGGAAGGUAAUGAGAUAUAAUGCACCGAUAUUUUCACUAAAGCAAUCAAUCAUUGGGGACGUGUCAAUACUUGAUUUUGUUCUUGAUUUUGGACUAUAAAUUUAGAAUUCUUACCUCAUUAAAAAUCUUUCUUUUUUUUUAUGAUGUUGAUCCUCUGGUGCAUGAAAAUAGCUGUGCAUUUAAUAUUUCAGGGGAAAAGAAAAAUGUAUGUUUAAGUCUGUAAUAGUGUAUGGAUUUACUGUAAGUGUUGAGAGGAAAUACAUGGAAGUAAAAGAACAAAAGAACAGGGUUCUGUCAAAACAGUGUUAUACAGUAAACUAAUGCAUCAUGCACAUAUAUUCCAUGACAUUACUGGAAAAUAUGCAUACCAUAGACAUUUAGAUGGUUUAGUUAACCAAUGCCUGCAAAAAGCAUUAGCAUUUAAAGAGAAACUCGCAAGGGGUUGAAAAGAUGUGAAAUUACAGGGGAGGCAUGUCUGAUAAAUCACUUAUGUGUUGAAAUGGUUUACCCAUGAAAUGAUGGACAUUUGAUAAGUUAAUAGAGGAAUUUUAGCAACGUGUUGAAAGCCAUGUUAUGUAAUUAGACUGGAGCUGAUGGGAGAGCAUUUAUUUUUGUCAUGUGUAUGAAAUUUUAUGAUUAAAUCAGUUUGAUGUAAAAAUACUCUCUGCUAACUGAUCAAUUUUUGUUUUGUUUCCUAUAACACGAUAAUUUGUGUGUAUGUAAAAUACUUUACUGUUGUAUAUGUGGCAAACAGCACUUGUAAUUCUCUUUAUAUUUUUGUAUAAGUCCCAAGUUAAUUGUCUUUUGGACAACAGAUGAGAAAAUAAUUUAAGAAAAACAAAAUGUAUAUCCAAACUGAAUAAAUAAAAGCC